AUGCUGUGGCUGUUCUGGAUUCUGAAGUUGUUUAGCGUGCCCACUUUCUCCCUUGGUAUCUGUCAUGUAACUUGGUUUCUGUCUCAUAACUGGCCUUCCGUGUGCUACCUUAGGCCAGGCUAUGAGGAUGUCUAUCAAAGAUACCACUCGCCAACACUGCGGGAAGAGUAUGCUUAUGGAAGCUAUUACUACCCAGGACACCUGCAGCGGCUGCAGGAGGAGAGAGUGCCAAGGCCAGGGAGUCCUUAUACCUGGCGUGAAGAUUAUGGAAACCAAAAGCACCUCAGUGAGCAUCAUGGUGAAAACCCGCAGAGUCCAUUUGGAGCAAAUAAUGAGACUCAGUUCCAGUCUCUCAGCCGGAACCCUUAUAAAGACAGCCCCACUUCCAGCUCUGGACAGGAGCAGCCUGGGGACCUGAGGAAUAAGCCAUCUGAAGAGUCCAACCUCCUCCAGCAGCACGAGGCUGGACUCAGCUCCAGCAGCUAUGAGCUCAGUCAGUACAUGGCAGAUGUUCCUGAGCACAGCGAUCCCAUGGCUUCAUCAGUUUGGCGUCCAAUCCAGGAGGGGGACAUCUCAGCAGCCAAGCCCAAGGCACCCUUGAAGUUCUACGUCCCUCAUGUGUCUGUGAGUUUUGGGCCAGGAGGCCAGCUGGUAUGUGUGUGUCCCAACUCUCCCCUGGACGGGCAAACGGCCAUCGUUGAACUGCAUAGCAUGGAGGUUAUUCUUAAUGAUUCUGAGGACCAGGAGGAGAUGAGAAGUUUCUCAGGACCCCUGAUCAGGGAAGAUGUACACAAGGUGGACAUCAUGACCUUUUGCCAGCACAAAGCAGCUCAGAGCCACAAAUCCGAGACACCACAGAGCCGAGACUCCGCUCUACUGUGGCAACUGCUGGUUCUCCUUUGUCGCCAGAAUGGGUCCAUGGUGGGGUCUGACAUUGCUGAGCUACUGAUGCAAGACUGCAAGAAGCUGGAGAAAUACAAGAGGCAGGCCCCAGUGGCCAACCUCAUUAACCUGACCGACGAGGACUGGCCCGUGAUGAACUCCGGGAACCGCAAUCUGCUCACUGGGGAGAUCCCCCCCACUGUGGAGACGCCCGCUCAGGUCGUGGAGAAGUUCACUAAACUGCUCUACUAUGGAAGGAAGAAGGAGGCCUUGGAGUGGGCUAUGAAGAACCACUUGUGGGGUCAUGCUUUGUUCCUAUCCAGCAAGAUGGACCCACGGACCUACAACUGGGUCAUGAGUGGAUUCACCACCACGCUAGCGCUCAAUGAUCCCCUGCAGACCCUCUUCCAGCUCAUGUCUGGAAGGAUCCCACAAGCAGCUACGUGUUGUGGGGACAGGCAGUGGGGAGACUGGAGGCCGCACUUGGCUGUGAUUCUGUCAAAUCAAGCUGGAGACCUGGAGCUGUAUCAGAGAGCGAUUGUCACCAUGGGGGACACAUUGGCUGGGAAAGGGCUCCUGGAGGCUGCUCACUUCUGCUACCUCAUGGCUCACCUGCCUUUCGGCCACUAUCCGGUGAAGACAGAUCAUCUGGUCUUGCUGGGCAGUAGCCAUAGCCAAGAGUUUUUGAAAUUUGCCACCACUGAGGCCAUACAGAGGACGGAAAUCUUCGAGUACUGCCGGAUGCUGGGCCGUGCCAAAUCCUUCAUCCCUGCUUUCCAGGUGUAUAAGCUCCUUUAUGCAUCCCGGCUGGCGGAUUACGGCCUAGUGUCCCAGGCCUUGCAUUACUGUGAAGCCAUCGGUGCAGCCGUCCUGAGCCAGGCGGAGAGCACUCACCCUGUGCUAUUAGUGGAGCUCAUCAAGCUCGCAGACAAACUGAAGCUGUCAGAUCCUCUGGUUUUAGAAAGACGCCGCGGGGACAGGGAACUGGAGCCAGAUUGGCUAGUGCAGCUUAGGAAGCUACACCAGGAGCUAGAGCUAAAGGUAGCUGGAGACACUGGUGAUCCUCCUCCUGACCACUCAGAUGAGUCCGAAGCCAGAAGAACCACCACAGAUACUUUCUACCAGGAUCUUUCGGGACAGCCAGGCUCCUCAGAAGACCCUGGCUACAGCUCAGCCCAGUGGUCAACACCUGAGCAGACAGGCCCCACCCAGCCCAGCCCAAGGCAGCCUGUUUCCCUCCAGCAGGAUCCUUACCCAGGGGGAGGCGGUUCAGGGCACCUGGGGGCCUCAGUGCCUCUUUAUGCUGUUCCUGAGACUCCCUACUCAGGGAUCAGCACUGGCGGUGGCAGCGUGGCAGUAGCAGGAGCUCCUGCAGGAAGGGCUUGGGAGGAAACACUGCAUAUCCAUCCUACCCCUGGACACAUCACCGCCUCUCAGGACGGCUCCCAGGAUGGUCAAAGGGUCAUUCCUGAACCUCAGGCAUUGCCAGCCUUCAGAGAACGAAGAUAUUCUGAGAGUUCCACUGUUUCAGCCAAGGAGAAUGAGGAGUCUCCUGAUGAAGCAGACAAAAAGACUUCCCAAAAUGCUGCACAGAAAGAAAAGCCAGGAGAUGUGAAAGAGAAUACAAAGAGCUCAGGAUUUGGCUGGUUCAGCUGGUUUCGAGGGAAGCCCACCACCAGUGACACCCACUCUGGAGAUGAGGACUCAUCACACAGCUCAGACUCAGAGGAAUCCCUGCAAGUACCAUCUGCCCACCCGGCCAGCCUGUCACCCACGCCUCCUCUGGAGUCCCCGCCUCUGCCUGGCACCAGUGCCCUCUCCAGGAGCCUAGGUGGAGGGGAAGUCCCAGGAUCCGUGUCCAGUGGGGGAGCAGCGAAGGUCACCGGGGCUGGAGACUUCUCAGCACUUGAAGGUGUUUCCUCUGAGCUCUCCUCCAGACCUGGCAUUCUGCUUCCUCCACCCACCUUGCAAGGGGCGGUUCCUCUCUACAACCCGGCUCAGGUCUCACAGCUCUCCCACACCACCAGCCUGAAUCGGCCCAACCGCCUGGCUCAGCGCCGCUAUCCAACCCAGCCAUGCUGAGAACGACCACCUGGCCCAGGCUUGUCUCUGGGGAGCACCACUUAUAUGUCACUGUAAUUUUUCUCAAUUUCCCAUCCUCUUGGCUGUGGGUUGUGCAGGACUGCUGGACACGUAGAAGGCAAGGAGAUAGGACUGCUUAAAAACAGCUCAGUCUAGACCUCAAUUUAGCUAGCUCCAAAGGAUGGAAAUGAUUUCAUCAGGUGGGAAAUCUGGGUGUAAUGGGCAGCGAGUCACAGCGGCAGCAUUUGAGAUGGAGGGGAAGGCCUUUAGGAUCUCAG